UAAAAAACAUAUUCAAGGAUUCUGUAUGCUAUGGACACAAUUGAGAUUAGGAAAUUAUAAAUACGGGAAAAAAGCUUCAACUAUUAAAGGUAUUUUUCAAGAUGAAGAAAUGCACGUUGAUUAUCAUAAUGGAAUAUUUGAAGACGUGAUUAGAUAUUGUAAGAAAGAUAGAAAUCGUUGUUCAAAACAUCAUCCAUAUUGUAGAUGUGAUUUUUUUGAUUUAACAAAAAUAUGUGACAAGUGUGAUAGAAGUUGUUUGGAAUUUCGAAUAUUCGCACGCGUUGAUAAUAAUUCUGAUCCAUUUGAAUUUGGAAAAUUACCAACAAAUAAUAACGCUGAAGGAUUCAACCAAUAUAUAGAAGAACAAAAAAAUAC